AGUUUUUUCUGGGGCUUGAGACUUGGUGGUCAAUUUCAACUGGGGGCAGAGGCCUUUUGUGUGCCCCUACACUGAGAUUCUGAGUGAGGUCUGGGCUGGAUAACCCAUGGUGGAGAGAGAGAGGCCUUUCUUGCCUAGUAUCUUGACCUCAAGUGCUGACCCAGGGAGAGAAGGAGAUGGGGAAAGUGACUCGGGCGGGGUUGUUGAGCUGGCCAGGGGGCCACUUCCGACUGGCUUUCUAGCACAUGCUCUAACUCUGGUGGGAUGUUGGAUGCAGUAGGGCAAUUGUAGCUCUGUGUCGCUUCUCCACCCCCCUCUACCCCCGUGUCUUGAUGGAUCAAAGUUUUCUCUUAAUUUAGGAUUUGGAAACAUCACCAGGAUACCUCCUGCCCUUCACUCUCUUAGGAUUUUUAGCUAAAGGUUGCAUGCUGUAUGCUGCAAGGAUUACUUUCUCUGGCUGGGCUUGAUUGGUUCUGGGGGUCAUGGAAUGAACUAGAAGAGUCAAGGAUGGUUUGGUGAAUGGAUGCCCUGGCCUUUCGCAGAGUGUGUCCCUUGCCUGGUCACACGAGCCAGGUGGCAGGAUGGGGGAAGCCCUCUCUUUUGGCAUGGGAGCCUCCCUAAGAUUGUGCAAGGAUCAUCCUGUGGGGCUCUAGGCCUCAACUGUAGGACAAGCAAAGUAAAUGUCCUUAUGGCCUGAAUCCCCUGGGCUAGUCUGACCUUUAAGCACGCUGUGAAUUCUGUGCCUACAGAAGGCUAAGGAAGCCAGGAAGUUCCAUUCCCAGGCCCCCUAUGACAGUGCAGUCUUCGUUUCAGUCAAGGUGGGAGGGCAUUAGCUUAUGGGGAGGCGGGGCGGGGGGUGAAGUCCGUGGAGGGCCCAGGGCUGUGCUGUUCCGCAGGCUCCCGCAGGCUGGCUGGGGGCCGCAGGUGCAGGCGGGGCCGUGUCAACUCAUCUGCUCUUGGGGGCCCAGCUGCACCCGGGUCCUGCUCAGGGAGGUAGGAAUCUGCUGAAGCCGGGAAAGAAAGAUGCUGCCUCAGCUUGUGUGGAGGACACCUCUCCAGCCGUUGCCGGGCCUCAAACUCCACGGUGAUUUCUUCUCUGGUCUUGUCUCAGCCUGGCCACAUCCAUCAGCCUUCCUGUUCUGGGGCAGAGGUCUGGUCAGUGGGAGAAGGGCACGUUUUUUGCUCUGGGCCCCGAAGAAGCCUUCUGUACCCCAGGCCCACCCCUACUGCUCUUCUCUGUUGCCUCCUGGGGGUGGGUCUCCCACCCGCCUGGUCCUACAGGGAGUGGAUGGAUUCCUGUUCCCUGGGGGCUCUCGGGAGUGAAGGCCCGCUGUGCAGCGCGCUGCCCCUAGGUGUCGCUGUCUCCCUGCGGUAGCGCCCCCCUGAGCAGGGCCUCCCAGGGGAAGGCCUGAGAGCGGCUUUUCUGGGUAGGGAUGGGGGAUUCUGCGGUAUUGAAGACGGGACUUCUGGCCUAGGAUUUUAUAAUGUUCUGGGGCUAGAUGAGGUCGAGGAAGCCUCCCAAAUUACUCUUUGGGUCCAGGAAAGAGCAAUCAUGGCUCUGGGCCCUGGUGCGUGCUUUUCCUGGGGGCAGGAUCUGGAGUUAGGGGCUUAGCAGAGGACAGAGGGGCUGGGAAGACGAUGUCUGUGUCUGGAGGAAACCAUUUUAGGAGCUUGGGUUUGAAAGGAUCAGGCGAGCCUGUCCUGCCAUUUCUCUCUCUUCUUCCUUGUCCCCUCCCUCCUGAGGCACUGUGGGUGUGGACACUGGGGCCAGGACGGGAAGGUGGCCUGAUAGGGGAUUGCACAUUGGUGGAGGAGCAAGGUUCCAUUUGCAAGGCUGGGGUCGAAGAGGGGAGCUUUUCCCUUUUGCAAUUAUUUGGCUUUUGGAAGGAAGAACAAAAUAAGAGAGGAGAGGGGAAGGGGGUUUCACAGGAGGGUGGAGAGGAAAGAAAAAAGAGGAAAAACAAGGCCAUUCGAAGAUAAGAGGUAAAAGGUGAAGAAACAGACCUCUUGGGAGACUGUUAGCAAGAGAAGCGCAAGAUAUAGCCAGGCACAAGCAGAGCUAGAGUGGGGAGGAGAGAGCAGGGCGCUCAGGGGGCAUGGAUGCUCCCCAGGCUUGACAAAAAGCAUUUUCUAUUGGAGGGGGCCAGGGUGGAACUUGUCUUGUGGACGGCGAGGGUUCAGGUCUCCGUCUGGUGUGAAGUUGGACUGGAAGGUGUGGAGGGGUGAGGCGGGAAAGGGGUAGCGGCGCCUCCUUCUUGGGCUUGCCGGGACGGUAGAGUUAGGCUCAUCUGUCCCUGUCUUGUCUUAGAGUCAGAAUGAGAGUCAGAGUGAGUACACUGGGAAUCUGAGGGGGCGUUGUCACCGCUAUGUGUGACCUUUAUUUGUCAUCACCCUUCUUCAGGCCUCAGUUUCCCUAGGGUAAAAUGCGGGGUUGGACUCUAUGGUGUCUAUAAGGUCCUAACAGGCUAUGACAACGAAACGACUUGACACUGCUUCCAAGGCUUAGUGCAGCGCCAUGGGUGGGCCUCUGGCUGGAGGUUUAUUGGGGUUUAUAGGAGGCCUGGGUGGUAUGAAAGUGAGAUCUUCCCCACUCCCUGCAGUCCCCAGCAAGCCGUGCAGGCUCCAGCCAGCCGUGCAGUCCCCAGCUCUCUGCUGAGGCUGUGACAUUCUCAUUUGGGCUCCUGACGUCUUAGACGGUGAUCUUGAGCUGGGUCUUCCUGGCUUUAUUGUGCCCUGCUCCUAGGCCCAGGGGCUGCUAAGGAGGAAUGGAGUGCAAACGGAGAAAACUUACUCGUCCAUCCAGGGGAGGAUGACGACUGAGUUCUCCCUCGGGUGUGAGGAGGGCUGCCCACAGAGUCGCCUUGGUGUGCUUUGGUGUGAAAUGGGUGUGACGUUCCCAGCAGGGCCCAAGCCCCAGGCCUGUAUCUUGGGUGGGAGAUUGUGGCGGCCGUCAUUCAUGCUUGUCUUCCCUCCCCACCACCCAGACGAGACCCUCCGCUCUUUGGCCAGCCCUUCCUCCCUGCAGGGCCCCGAGCUCCACGGCUGGCGCCCCCCAGUGGACUGUGUCCGGGCCAAUGAGCUGUGUGCCGCCGAGUCCAACUGCAGCUCCCGCUACCGCACGCUGCGGCAGUGCCUGGCAGGCCGCGACCGCAACACCAUGCUGGCCAACAAGGAGUGCCAGGCGGCCCUGGAGGUCUUGCAGGAAAGCCCGCUCUACGACUGCCGCUGCAAGCGGGGCAUGAAGAAGGAGCUGCAGUGCCUGCAGAUCUACUGGAGCAUCCACCUGGGGCUGACCGAGGGUGAGGAGUUUUACGAAGCCUCCCCCUAUGAGCCGGUGACUUCCCGCCUCUCGGACAUCUUCAGGCUUGCUUCAAUCUUCUCAGGGACAGGGGCAGACCCGGUGGUCAGCGCCAAGAGCAACCAUUGCCUGGAUGCUGCCAAGGCCUGCAACCUGAACGACAACUGCAAGAAGCUGCGCUCCUCCUACAUCUCCAUCUGCAACCGCGAGAUCUCACCCACCGAGCGCUGCAACCGCCGCAAGUGCCACAAGGCCCUGCGCCAGUUCUUUGACCGGGUGCCCAGCGAGUACACCUACCGCAUGCUCUUCUGCUCCUGCCAAGACCAGGCGUGUGCUGAGCGCCGCCGGCAAACCAUCCUGCCCAGCUGCUCCUACGAGGACAAGGAGAAGCCCAACUGCCUGGACCUGCGCGGUGUGUGCCGGACUGACCACCUGUGCCGGUCCCGGCUGGCCGACUUCCAUGCCAAUUGUCGAGCCUCCUACCAGACGGUCACCAGCUGCCCUGCGGACAAUUACCAGGCGUGUCUGGGCUCCUAUGCUGGCAUGAUUGGGUUUGACAUGACGCCCAACUAUGUGGACUCCAGCCCCACUGGCAUCGUGGUGUCCCCCUGGUGCAGCUGUCGUGGCAGCGGGAACAUGGAGGAGGAGUGUGAGAAGUUCCUCCGGGACUUCACUGAGAACCCGUGCCUCCGGAACGCCAUCCAGGCCUUUGGCAACGGCACGGAUGUGAACGUAUCCCCUAAAGGCCCCUCAUUCCAGGCCACCCAGGCUCCUCGGGUGGAGAAGACGCCUUCUUUGCCAGAUGACCUCAGCGACAGCACCAGUCUGGGGACCAGUGUCAUCACUACCUGCACGUCUGUCCAGGAGCAGGGGCUGAAGGUCGACAACUCCAAAGAGUUAAGCAUGUGCUUCACAGAGCUCACGACAAAUAUCAUCCCAGGGAGUAACAAGGUGAUCAAACCUAACUCAGGCCCCAGCAGAGCCAGACCAUCGGCUGCCUUGACCGUGCUGUCUGUCCUGAUGCUGAAACUGGCCUUGUAGGCUGUGGGAACCGAGUCAGAAGAUUUUCGAAAACUACGCAGACAAGAACAGCCGCCUGACGAAAUGGAAACACACACAGACACACAUGCACCUUGCAAAAAAAAAUUGUAUUUCCCACCUGUCGCUGAACCUGUCUCCUCCCAGGUUUCUUCUCUGGAGAAGUUUUUGUAAACCAAACAGACAAGCAGGCGGGCAGCCUGAGAGCUGGCCCAGGGGUCCCCUGGCAGGGGAAACUCUGGUGCCGAGGAGGGCACGAGGCUCUAGAAAUGCCCUUCUCUUUCUCUUGGUGUUUUUCUCUCUGGACCCUUCUGAAGCAAGAGACUGGACAAGAGCCUGCAGUGGAAGGGACUCUGGGCUGUGCCUGAAGCUGGCUGGGGGCAGGACAACUCAGCUGCUUCCCCACGCUGCCCACUCUGGGCACCUACUGGGGGCCAGCAGAGGGCACAGCUGCUUCCCCACGCUGCCCACUCUGGGCAACUGCUGGGGGCUGGCAGAGGGCAUCGGUUAGCGGGACAGCGGGGCUGGCCACGGGGGUCCACCUUCAGCCCUUUGGCUUCGAGGAUGGAGGUGGUUUUGCCCUCCCUCUCUGCCCUCGGGUGGGGCUGGGGGGUCUGCAGCUGGUGUGGGGACUUCCCCACGGAUGGCGGUGGAGGGGGUUAGCACUGUGCUGGGCUCCCCCUGACUAGCACAGAGUGGUGGGGCUGGGGCCAGCUCCAGGAGGGCUUGGGAGCUCAGCCUGCCUGGGAGAGCCCCUUGUGGUGAGGCAGCAAAACUCGGGCAUCAGCUGCUUUCUUGGUGGCAGAAAUGUUGAAGUCAGAGAGAAAUGGUCCUUUGUUGGCUUUUUUUGGUUUCUCAUGGGUCCUUUGGGAGGUCUCCCUUUGGGGAGAGGGAGAGGAGAGACCACAGCCGGGUGUGUUAUCUGCAGCACCCUGUUCCCUCGAGCUCUCCUGCUCUCUUCUCCCUCCUCCUCCUUUCCACUUUCUCUUUCCUAAUUUCCUAGACAUACGUCAAUUGUAUGUACACACCGGGGCUCCUCUCCCAACAUAUAUGUAUAUAUACAUCCAUAUACAUAUAUUGUGUGGUUUUCCCCUUUCUUUCCUUUUUUUAAGCAACAGAACUAUGGAAACAAUACCCCAACAGAUGAGCGAAAAUGUAUUAUUGUAAAGUUUAUUUUUUUUAAUACUGUUGUCUAUAAUGGGGAAAAAGGACAUUGCCCCCCAGUGCCCUGCUCCAGUCGGCCUGGCUGGGCUCUGGUGGGGGCUUCUGAUCCACAUCCACGCUUAACCAAGGCUCCAAUAAACGUGCUAGGAAGCAAGCCGCCUCUGCCUCGGUCCUGUGGGGUUUUGCCCCCGUUUUGUUCUUGGUCCAGUGUUAACCUGCAUAAGUGGUGCUCCCGGUGGGCUGGGGAAAUGUGUGUCCGUGCGUGUGCCUGUGUGCAUGUGUGUGCACCCAUAGGUCUGACCCGUGUGUCCGCACUGUGGUAGAUGAGUUCCGUUAGGAGGUGGUUUGACACUGGGGGCAGGAUCUGCGGGUCUCUGCUGUGCUGAGCCUGGUGGGCUGUUCUGUUCCCUCCUUGCUCACCUCUCCAGUCAGCGCAAAUGCCUGUGGCUCCCAGACUGGAAGAGAAUGUAGCGGAUGCGGGCAUGGUGGGGAGCGACAGCUUGGCAUCGCACGUUGGGAACGUUCUAUUGUCAGGCUGUCUGGGUGGCCCUGUUAGUCUUACAUAGAGCAAAGUGGUAUGUCCCUCUGGGACUCCUGGCUUAUUUGAGAUGUGUAAUUGUGAGUGCAGUGACCUGGCCUUUUGGGUCCCUCAGAGAAGGAGAUGAUUGUGAAAUGUUCUGGGGUCAUGGUCUGAAAGCGUAAGUAUUUUUUGGGUCUCCCUCUAGUCCUUCCUUUCCUGUGUCUCCACUUGCUACCCAGGCCGCACUUGGAUGCUCGGCCUGCCAUAGUCUCCGAGAGAGAUUCUCCCCAGAGAGGACCAGGAGGAUGCCUGCCGGCCAAGUGUGUGUGUGCAUGUAUGUGAGCAUGUGUACAUGUGUGUGCGGGCGCGUGCAGGCUUGCACAUGUUCAUACGCACGUGUGAGUGCAUACCCAUGGCAGGAGGGCGAAUGGAAGACUGACAGGCAAGAGGAUGUUUCUACUGUCGGCCUGGCCUUCAGGGCUACAUGUGAGCCCAUCCCAUUUCAACUGGACAACAGGAUGCAGUUUUCCUGUCUCCCAAUCGCAGGUCCUCUCAAUGGCUUUUGCUUCUGGUUGUACAUAUGUGAGCAGCAUCCGUUCACGACAUUUAUCACUGUGGUGUAUUGCCUUCCAACCUCUGCAUGGAAGGCGUACAGUGAGCCAGCCAGGUCUCUGUCCAGCCAUCGCUGGCCUUACUGAGGGUAGACGUAGUCAUGGCAUCCACUUAGGAAUCCAUGUUCUUUGCAAACAGCAAAGACCAUUUAACUUAAAAAGUACUUUACUGGAAGGCUAUGGGAGAAGGUGGCUCACAGAAUUCAUGGAAGGUGGAGGGAUCACGGGAGGCGAGGGCGGCGACCAGAGGGCAUCUGAGGGACUGGAAGGCAGGAUCUGCAGGGUCAUCAUUCUGCUGCCAACCAUUGCCCAUGUGACUGAACUGGGCCUUAUGCCUGCCUUCUGCCAUAGUUGGGUGUGAGAGGGAGGAUAUAUAUGUCAUGUCUGGUAUCUCUAAUAGGAGGUAAGCCCUUAGGCUACAUCAUGGGGGAGAGAAAAUUUCCCGGGAGGAAAGUGAGGUGCGAUUAUGAAGGAGGAAUGGAUACUAGCUAGCUUUACUCUGCCCUGAAAUGUCUCCCUAUCCAAGUAUCACAUGGCUGAAAUUUUACGAUUACGAUUAUUCAUUCCUUUGGUUGAGAUGAUUCUUAUUUGUGAUUCUCUCAAAAUAUGCAAAUAGAACUGGAAGAGUAAAAUGUUGCCAUCUU